AGUCCGCGCAGCGUAUGGAGCCUGCGGCCCGGAUCUCACCCAGGGCCUGUCUCGCCUUAGCGGCCUAUCCUGCGCCCUGCCUGCUGCGGGAGGGCCUGCCGGAGCUGCGCAAGGGGGGGAGGUCCCCGCAUCCCCUGCGCUAGUGUCGGGCCUCGGGCCCUAUAUUAGGCCGACUCCUCCUGAUACCGCUGGUGCAGCGGGGCCUCCGGGGUCCCCGCACCCGGAGAAUAUGUCGGACCAGACGGGCUUGGCGCUGCAGCAGACCAUGGACAGAAGUUGCUGGGUGUGUUUUGCCACCGAUGAAGAUGAUCGAACAGCGGAGUGGGUGAGACCUUGCAGGUGUAGAGGCUCUACAAAAUGGGUUCACCAGACUUGUCUACAGCGUUGGGUGGAUGAAAAACAGAGAGGAAACAGUACAGCUCGAGUUGCAUGUCCUCAGUGCAAUGCAGAAUACUUAAUAGUAUUUCCAAAGCUAGGUCCAGUUGUUUAUGUCUUGGACCUUGCAGAUCGGCUGAUCUCAAAAUCAUGUCCAUUUGCUGCAGCAGGAAUAAUGGUGGGCUCGAUCUACUGGACAGCUGUCACCUAUGGAGCUGUGACAGUGAUGCAGGUUGUAGGUCAUAAAGAAGGUCUUGAUGUCAUGGAAAGAGCUGAUCCUUUAUUUCUUUUGAUUGGACUUCCCACCAUCCCAGUCAUGCUGAUACUGGGCAAGAUGAUUCGUUGGGAAGACUAUGUGCUCAGACUGUGGCGCAAAUAUUCUAACAAAUUGCAAAUUCUGAACAGUAUAUUUCCAGGAAUUGGAUGUCCUGUUCCUCGUAUUCCAGCUGAGGCCAACCCUCUAGCAGAUCAUGUCUCUGCUACUCGUAUUCUGUGUGGAGCUCUUGUCUUUCCAACCAUUGCCACCAUAGUUGGCAAGCUGAUGUUCAGCAGUGUUAAUUCUAAUUUACAAAGGACAAUCCUGGGUGGAAUUGCUUUUGUUGCUAUAAAAGGAGCUUUUAAAGUUUACUUCAAACAACAGCAAUAUUUACGUCAAGCUCACCGCAAAAUUUUAAAUUACCCUGAGCAAGAAGGAGCAUAAGGCUGUGAUCUCCAGCUGUCAUACAAUCUCAUCUACCAGAUUCUCUUGUUGUAUAGAUUCCAUCGUUAUUGCACAGUAGUGGAGACUUGUGAUAAGUUGCUGCUCCUAUUUUUUUUUUUUCAAAUAUAAUAAAGCACUUUCUUGUGGCAGGGUAAAUCCGCUCAGUAAUUACUGAACCUAAGAAUGUGAUUUGUUUUCAUUUUUGUGUAUUUCCUUUGACAGGCAGGCAUCUGAAUCAUACCACAUAUGCUGAAUUUAAAAAAAAAAAGGAAAAAUGAAAUUGUGCAGUUACUGAUCAAUGCACAGACUGUAUCCAAAUCCCUUUUUUGUACGCUUAAUAAAGUAUCUGCACAAUAUUUGCAUACACAGACCAUCCAAUUCAACACUAAGGAUACCAUGGAGGGAUUUUUUUUUUUUUUAAGAAAUUUUGUUUGAGUAGCUUAUUGCCCAGGAGAAAUUUUUCUUGGAUUUUAUCCAAUAAGGAUUCCCUUGUUCGCAGCGGAAGCUCUGAAAUAGAUGUAAAACAGGACGCCUAAAAUGUAAACAAAAUAUUGGAUAGACAAGCAGAAGACCGAUCCUUUUCUAAAGGGGCCACAUAAGCCAACUUUGACCACCUAGAGUAUGAGUUAGGAUAUGACUUCCAGCUAAUUUUGCUACUAUCUAAUUGCAGACAAUACAGUGUCUAGUAUUGCUAUGUCAUGGCUCCUUUGCUGUCUUGUAACUAUUAUUAUUCCAUCCACCUCUAGAGAAAUUACUUGGGAAAGUGAAUUUCAAUCACUUAUUUUUAUAAUUAGAACAGCUGUUUAGUAAUGCGAGAUUGUAUUUUGAGAGUUCCUUUGUGAUUAUGCAAUUAACUACUCAAAUAAAUAGUAGUAGAGGCUAGAGAGCAUUGGACAAUGAGCAGGUAACUUGAUUCUCGUCUGUCAGUGUACAGACUAAAGGAUAAAGCUUAAUUCUCUAAUAAAUGAAGAUAAUUUAAUAAUGAAAACAGUAAAAGCCUAUCGUAAAAAUGCAGAUUUUAGUGAUAUGUCAAAAGGGGAGACACUAGCACUUAAAUCAGUAAUUUUACUUGUUCAUAAAUCCACAUUUUUCAAUGGAAAUUAGCAAUUACUAUACCAAUGUUAGUGUUAAUUCUGAGUCCUAUUUGACAAACAAUGUGGCCAUUUCAUAUUAAUGCAAGACUUAGCCUGGAUUUACAGUAAUUGCCGUUCCCAGUGCAUAACAAUUGAAUGUUGUUGUUUUUUUUAAAGUUCUCAUUCUUAAAGUUGUUUCCUAUUUUUUUUUUUUUAUUCAUGAUAGUAUGUCAAAUGCAUGGAGAAGGGUAAGCAUUCCCCAUAGUGAAGUAUUGGUAAGUAAAUGUUGCUUUUCAUCACAAAUGAAGCAACUAUAGAGUGGACUUCAUGUCUGAUUGCAAUAAUGUAUGUUAGUGACACUUAAAAAUAUGGUACCUUUUUUAUAUGUUACCUUAAAUAUUGAGAAUGUAAUAUUUUAGAAAUGUAUAAAAAGUAUAUACAAUGGCCAACUAGUAUUCAGAAACUAUAGUUGUUGAAAAUUAUACAUGCAUAGCUGAUAAUUUGAGAAUCUUGCUAAAAUUAUUGAUAAAUUACUAUAAUCUCGUAAGUCUGCUGAUUAUGUUGGUCUCAAAGAUUGGUCUGACUUUUUUAUAUAUUUAUGUACACAGCAGCCACCUCUGAUUUUCUGUAAUAUAAGUUUUCAAACAAUGUAAUACAUAUUUCUUGCAGAAUUCCUCAGUGCAAGGAGAAGACUUUUCAGUGGUCUUCACUGUAUAGAUUUCCAAACACUUUAUAACUGUUUUUUAAAGUCUCAUGCAGAAUUUACUAGUGCAAAUUAUUUGUUUUAACAUUUUGUUCUGUAGGAAAGCUAACUGUCUUCUUUGAAAACUGAACCUGUUGUACAUCAGAUGAUUAUAAAAGGAGUAUAAAAUGAUUUAAACUUAGUGGGAGAGAGUUAUUACUUUUGUUGAUGUAUUGUAAAAUCUUGUUUUUAGUAUUAAUUAUAACCACAUGGAUUAGGUUGAAUAAAUAUUUUUACAUUCUUUAGGUGUAUUUUGUCCAUUGAACAAAUAGUGCCAAAGCCUAUGACAGAAGUAGGUUUUAAAAUUGAUGACUAUUGAAUCAGAAAGUAGUAUACCAUUUUUUUUAAAUAGACAUCCCAUGGUUAACCUUAUGGAAUUUAAGAAAUACUGUUUUUUGGGGGGUGGAGACCUAAGGCUCCAUUUAGUUUGUGAUUUGAACUUUAAGCAUUACUCUUUUUCUCUCAUGAAUCAGUUAUCAAUAAAUGAUGAAGAGUGC